AUGGCUCGCGCAGCGAUCAUCCCACAGUCACCGCCCAAGCGGACGACGCGCACCAGGACCAAGGGAUCGACAGCAACGACCUCCACGACCUCCACCGCCAACAAGGCAGCCCCGAAGACAACCAAGGCGCGAGCACCCAGCUCAGCUACGGAAGCGCGCAAACGCGGCGCCCGGACCGCGUCAGUCACGACCAGCAAGCAGCGCGUCGAGGAGGAUGUCGACGCGAGCACGGACGACGAGAUCGACAUGUUCGGCGGGAGCGGGAGCCGGAGCGGGAAGAGCGCGUCGACGACGACGAUGACGACGAAACCCAGAGGAAGGCCGACGACGAAGACGGGAGCAACCACAGCAUCGGGCUCAGCCCGCACCAGGAAGACUCCGGUCGCUGCAACGACGCCGGUGAUGGUGGACUCGGACAGUGAUAAUGAAGACGAGCUGGCUCAGACGGAGGCGCCGAAGAAGCGCGCUGGGAGACCGAAGGCUAAGGCGGCUGCGGGUGCUGCUGCUGCACCCAAGACUCGGGGCCGGCCGAGAGGGGCGGCGGCGGCCGCUGCGAAGCCCAAGGUAGUCGAUGAGUUGAAGGAGAAUACGCGGCUGAAUGCGCGGGGGUUCACGGAUAUCGACUUCUCGGCAUCUCAUGAUGCCCCUGCUCCUCCGAAGCAGGUGUAUAUCACUACGAAUUCGUCGUCGGUGAGGUCGAAUUUGCUGCGUGGUCCGGCUAAGAAGAAGACGGUCACUUUCCAGGAUCCCACUGAGACGGACGCGGAUGAACUGGACGCCGAGCCGUCGCCUCCGCCUGCUGGCAGGAAACGGGGAACGACGGUCGCGGGUCGUCAGUCAGGUCUUGCGUCGAAACCGGUCCGGAAGCCCGCGGCUACCUCUGGUAGGGGCCGUAAGCCUGCCGCUGCGAAGAAGGAUGGCGCGAAGCCCCUCUCGCCGAAGAAGGCGACGCAGGUCGCCAAGGGGAUCUCUUCGUACGCCAGCUCGGAUGGCGAGGACGACGAGUUGAGUGCGGACAAGGAUCAGAUGAAAGCAUUUGUACAAUCGCCUCCCAAGCAACACGGAUCAGAAAACGCCGGUCUCAGCUCCCCGGUCAAGAAGAUCAAUCUGACUGGACGCUUCCGCAAGUCCCUCGAUGAGAAUGGCGAGCCUUUGCCCGGACCUCGACGGUCGAUUGACUUCAAUGACAACCUUCUCAUGUCAAGUCCCGCCCGUCGUCCGCCCCCGUCGCCUUUCAAUUUCACCAUGAGGGAAACUCCCAAGCGAGGCGGGGGUUUCACUCUCCGCAGUGAUACCAGGCCCUUGUCGCAACCCACCUUGUCGCCCACCCUCAAUUCUCCCCUCAGGCUAUCUCCGAAGAAGGCAAACCUCGAAACUCCCCUGCGUGGAAACCUCUUUGGUGCCAGCACCGGAGCGUUGUCUCAGCCGAACUUCACCCCGGGGCGGAACUCACCUCUGAAAUCGUCGCCCAGAAAAGGCCUGUUUGGUGCGUCUUUCAUGUCUCAGUCCCAGCCGGAGCCAUCCGCCACCCCCUUGAGACAUAGCACGUCUCUUUUGCAAAGUCCCGCGAAGAAGGUCGCUACCCCAUUCAAAGCCUCGCUAUCCGUCAUGAAGAGCCCGGUGCCCGAAGAAUCCGAGCACGAGAACGAAAAUGCAGGUGAACCGGAGCACAAUGAAGCCUUCGAUGACUCUCAUGUCGAGGAGUCUCCUCUGCGACUUAUGCAGACGAGGUCAGAGGUGCAAGUCGAGGAGGAUGAGGAUGUGGCAUCAGAGAACGACGAACUCGACCCCGUUAGCACCACCCCACCUCAUUCGCCCUCUGCUGCACGGCAUUAUGAGAGCGGCGCGACGGAUGGAAAGACCAGUGAGCGUGACUCUGAGGAGACUAUCGAGUACGUUGAGGAUGGCUCUAGUACGGUUGCUGAGGAAAAUGUUGAGGAUGAGGACGAGCGUGUCGACAAUAAUGUCGAGGAAGAGGCUGGCCAAGCCGACGAUCAGGUCUUGGAAGAAGACACGCCAAGUACCACAGAGGCCCUUGAUUUUGACGGGCUGGAAGCGGAUGACCCUGACGCCGAGACUGUCGAUGAGCCUAUGGAGGAAAAUGCUGAGAUGGUCGAAGAGGCUGCUAAGGAGGUCAUUGAGAACCCCAUUGCGGAACCCAUUGAAGAACCGACUGAGAAGGCGACGGACGACUCACCGCAAGAGGAUGAUACUGAGGAUAACAAGGAUUCUCAAGAUCCCUCUCACACGGAGAAUCAUGAUAUGCAGGAUGAUGUCGAGCCCGAGGGCGAAGCACAAGAGCAUAUUGACGAGCUUGCCCGUGAUCGCGGAGUCUCGGCUGACGAGACACUUGACGACGAUUCUGACAGGGAGUAUCAAGAACAGGGUGAUGAUGUUGUUGAUCACGACCAAGAUGUGGCUGGUACUGUAUCUGAUGCUGAAGACGAAAAUCUGGAUACAUUCGCCCAGGAAAGCGCCGAAACGCCCAAGUCACCUCAAGAGCGGAAGGUUGAGCAGCCAACUGUCCAGGGUAACCAAGAGCAGUCUUUUCCCGGUCUCCGAAGCGGCUUAGUCGAGGGCCUUGAAGACGUCUUUGUCGACCACCCUACAGUACCUGAAGAGGCGAGGCAGCGUCUCGAAGCUUCGGAUACGGAAGAUGAUCCUGACAUGAUGGAAACUGAUGACGACGUUGACGCUGCUGAGGAAAUUGCCUUCAGUGAUGACCAGGAGGUGGUCAACGAGGAUGGCGUCUUCGAGGAAAAUGAGGCCACCAUUGUCGCUGCCGAAACAACUGAACUCAUUCCGCCCAUUACCGUCCCCAUCGUGCCGUAUGAGGUUGAAGAACCCGAGAAUCCCUGGAGCCCAAUCCGCGAAGCAUACUACCGAGCGAUGAAGAAUAUCUCGCCCAUCCGCGUUCUACCCGAUAGCCCAGUUCGGCGGAAUAUGAGCUUCGGUUCCACUAUUGACAGCCCCAGCCCAGUCAGACAUGGCUUUACCGUGGAUAGCAGUGAUAACCAAGACCCCUUUGUCGAUGCUGGUGCGCCAACCCCGCUUCGCAGACGGUCGAUCAAGCGAUCCAUCUUCGACAACGCCCCGCGCUUCACGCCGCUGGCGCAGCAGUUCAGCCAGUGGAAGGCCAGCAGCCCCGCCCGAUUCCAGCCCAGGCGCUCCCAACGCCCCCGCAAGGGUAUUUUCUCCUUGGGCGGCAGUCGGAGAUCAUCUAGCAAUGCGCCGCGUACCCCUAAUGAGGUCACGUAUCCUCAGAUUAAUAGCCAUGCGGACACUUCUGAGGAAGUGCCUGUUCAGGCUGAAGAUACUGAGGAGGAAGUGCCUGUUCAGGCUGAGGCUGCUGAGGAUGAAGAAGAAGUUGCCGAGGACGAGGAGCCCCAGAUCUAUGAGGACUUCAGCCAGGAUUCGCAGCUGGAGGAGGAUGAAGUUGUUGAGCCUGCGCUGACUGAUGAGGUCGUUGAGCCUGCUGAAACUGCUCACCCCGAAGGAGACGUUGUUGAUGAGCUUGUUGAACCUGCUGAGACUGCUGCGCCGGCUGAAACUGCUCAGGUCGAAGCAGAAGUUGUUGAUGAGCCUGCUGAGUCUGCUCAUCCUGUCGAGUCUGCUGAGGCUGCCGGGGCUGAAGCAGAAGUCACGGAUGAGAACGCAGAGACUGAGAUCUAUGAAGAUCCUAGCCAGAGCUCUUAUCCGGGAGAGACCGACAGUGCUGAGACAACUGAGCCUGCUGAGGCUGCCGAGGCUGAAGAAGAAGUCACGGAUGAGAACGCCGAGACUCAGAUCUAUGAAGAUCCUAAUCAGAGCUCUUAUCCAGAAGAGACCGACAGUGCUGAGACAACUGAGCCUGCCGAGGCUGAAGAAGAAGUCACGGAUGAGAACGCCGAGACUCAGAUCUAUGAAGAUCCUAACCAGAGCUCUUAUCCGGAAGAGACUGACGCUGCUAAGACAACGGAGCCUGCUGAAGCUGUCGAGCAAAGCACUGAAGUGGUCGAUGGUGCCCAGACUCACGAAGACCCUGGUCAGUACUCACAUUCGGAAGAGCUCAACGCGGCUGAGACCAGAGAGCAAAUCUCCGAGGCAGUCGAUGGUCCUCAGAUCUACGAGGACCCCAGUCAGAACUCCCAACUAGAGGAGGUUGACCGCACUGAGAAUGUUGAGCAGACGGAAGGCUCUGUGGCAGACAUCCCAAGUGGAACAGAGGUUGAGGCUACUCCUGACAACUAUGUCGAGGACGCUCACCGCGAAGAGAAUCUGGCGGAGAGCGCCCCUGUACCAACGAGCCCGGCCGCUGCAACUGAAUCAUUCGAAGAGAACAAGGAAAACGAUGUCUUCUCUAAUAUCCCUCUGUUCACACCUGUCAAGAACAGAAUCCCUCAGAUGCAGACCGUACACACUGUCUCCAAGGUACCUCUAAAGCCCGAAGGUCAGAUUUCGCCCUUGAAGAUUUCACGCAAGAGAGGCCUGUCGCUUUCGGGCGCUUCGCCUGUUCGUGCCUCCACCCGAAUUCGCACUUCGACUUUCGCCCCUAGCCAGCAGACUGCUCCACCCUUGUCGCCUCGGAAAUCGCCAAGACUCCAACGAACCUCGAUGUCGAAACCAGUCGCUCCGGUAACUAAUAACACCCAGGCCAGGAGUGAGCGAUCGACACCUGCGAAGCGCCCUCCACAGUCACCCAGCCCCACCAAGAGUGCAAAGGCCCCCAGGAGAAGCAUGACCUCACAAGCACCCAAGCUAGCUCUGCAAGGCGCAGUUGUCUAUGUGGAUGUUCACACUACGGAAGGCGAGGACGCCAGUGGCAUUUUCAUUGAGCUUCUGCAGCAGAUGGGAGCCAGAUGCAUCAAGAACUGGUCCUGGAAUCCCCGCGCAAGCCUGGCACCGGAAGAAGGGACCGAGCCAAAGGAGGGCAAAGUGGGCGUUACCCACGUGGUCUUCAAGGACGGUGGCGUCCGGACUCUGGAGAAAGUCCGACACGCGCGUGGCCUGGUAAAGUGCGUCGGAGUCGGCUGGGUCCUCGACUGCGAGCGAGAGAACAAAUGGCUCGACGAAACCCCAUACGCCGUGGACAGCUCCAUCAUCCCGCGCGGCGGCGCCAAACGCCGCAAGAGCAUGGAACCGCGCGCGCUGAGCAACGUGAACGGGACGCUCGUCAAGGCCCCCGCGACGGCGACCACAAACACCACCACGUCCAUGGACCGCCGCCGCUCGGGCAUCGCGCGCAGCACUGUGGAGAGUUUCACGCGCGAGCACACGCCGUCCUCCCGCGAGGCGUCGUCCACCCCCGAGGUGCCCGUUGCCGCUACCUCAGCCACCAUGUAUACGGCCGGCCACACCGAGCCCGACCAGCACUACUGCCACACGCCCAAGACCCCGGGGUCGUCCGCCUACGCCUUCGACAUGGACGCCAUUGGCAUGUCGCCCGCCACCCCGUUCUACCUUUCGCAGCGCACCAAGCUCGUCCAGCAGACCUGCCCGCCCAAGCAGACCCGCCAGGGGCUGUUCACCAACCCGGGCCCCGCACGCGAGCCGACCCAGAAGCUGCGCUCCAAGCUGGAGGCCGCCCGCCGUAAGAGUCUGGCCUAUAAGCCGCGCGUGGGCAGUCCUCUCGUCGAGUGA